AUGGAUUCGGACUACCCUCCUCUACCCUCCACCACGGGAAUCAAUGCUUCACUGCAUAGCCUAUCCCUUUCUGAUGGAGAAAAUGCCGCCCAAUUUUCUUCUGGGUCCGAAACCCUGAUUUUAACAACGCACGGGGAACAAGUUCCUGUGCCAGGCGUGCAAGUCAUUGCGGAGACUGGCGAUGUCAUCCUGCGAUACGACUCUUCAGAAAAGAGCCCCUUGGGAAAGAGCGAAACUGCCACAUAUCGCUGGAAAGUCUCUAGCUCGGCUCUAAUGCGAAAUAGUGCCUACUAUCGUGCGCUUCUGGACCCUACCAAGUUCUCUGAGGGUAGAGAGUUCAGGAAACAAAAGGAGUUGUGUGGAUUCUCGACAGAUCUCGAAGUGGCGGGGAUGGCUACGACCUACACAGAUGAUGCAGGGGAGUAUCCGUUACCAACGAUUUGCCUGCCCGGUAAUCAAUUCUCUCCACGACUUGGAGUAGAUGCCAUCGAGUUGUUCCUCAGGACCCUAUCCUUUGACUCAUCCGACGAGGAUGAACACCGGGGCUUUGACGCAGAAAUCAAAGCACAACGCACGGCGGUUAUCGCCGGUGUAGUAGAGUUAGCGGAUAUAUUUAACUCGCCACAAAUUGUUCGAGACACCCUGAAGCGAUCAGGUUAUUCCCUCGGAAAACCGAAAACCCGACUGACUAAGUUCAGCUCUUCAAUGCUGACUCUCACCGAGGAUCGCAUUCGACAAUCAAUCUUCAUCGCUGGUUUCCUUGAAGAUAAGGUUGCAUUUCAAAUGUUAACACACACAUUAAUCGUUGCUGGAUCAAGAAACUGGGUUAACGGACUCGAGAGCCCGGAUCCCGAUGCUCCUCGCUGGCACUACUUUUCUGAUGGGCUUGAAGAAGAACUAUAUUACCGGCGCCAAUGCGUCCUGAACACAAUCACAGACCUCCAAGCCUAUUUCCUGCGCAUGUACGGGGCCCUCGAAGAACCACCCGGACCCCAAACCACUCCCCUCAAUCCGUCCACAGCAGCCAGCGUGAUACGAUCUCGCCAAUACCAGUGUCGCUGCGGUCUAGGCAACUCAAGUGCCUGCGACGCAUUCCACCUCGGCCAGAUGACCAGAUUUUUCACCCUACGCACAAAAACAAUCUUUAUAGGCUCAACCCUAAUAGACCCCGACUUCAACCCCGACGCAAUCUGGGAAUCUGAAGAUGCAGACGCAACAGAACAAGUCGAAUUCAAUCUUAUAGCCCGUCCAUCAACAGACCUGACGGCAAUUAUCUCCUCUCUGAAACAAUGCCCAGAUUAUCAGAUAGAUGCGAACCACACAAGCUGCGGUAUUAGACGUCGUUUCUUACCUACCUUGGAUUGUAUCGAAGGGUUCGUUGGUGAUGACAGGGGGCUGUUAGGCGUUAAUCUCCAGUACUGGAAGGGAGGGAAGUGGCCUGUUGUGAUGGGGUCGUGGGGGAAUCGGUCCCUUCGAAGAGCUUUGGUCAUGGACAUCCGCUUGUCCAGAAUUAGCGGGAUCCCGCUUAUGUCUCGCGGUACGUUUGGAGCAGAAUCUCGGGAGGAAGAUGCACGGCUUUUGUUUACAGCGAAAAAGAGGAAUUGGGAGGCUUAG